AUGCCUACCGCAUUCCUUGGUUGUCGCGCCGCUGUUCAAGCGUUCGAAGUCGGCAUUGACCUCUUCUCGCGUUCCCACCUCAACGCUAUGUCUGAGGCCGAGAUUAUGGCUACGCUAUACCGCCUGCAUAGUUAUAUGUUAGCAUUGUUUUCAGACAUCCUUGCUCGUCCUGGUGGUCCUACGCCACACAAGUCUCAUUUACUGGCGUCCGUUUACAAUGCCGCCCAACGCGUUGAAGAACACAACCAAAGGCGAAUGCCUAGACUCCAGCUUUACCAUGGGUUUCUACCAAGCCCUGGCCCAGAGUCCCUGCCAGUUUCCUCGCCUGACUUGACGCCGCCUGUCCCUGUUCGAAGGUCGAAGCGUACUCGUGCCAUGGUUCGAGAUCAUCGAUCCUCUGUCUACAACGCCCUUGAAGCUGGCUAUUGGCCCUGUAAACAACACAAGAUUAUUGAGAAACCCUCGUCUGACGACGAGGCCAUCCAACAUCCCAACCAUUCCCGUUCAAGCUCGUCGGACUCUGUGCCUCUCGCUAGGCCUUUGCAUGCAGACAAGGGCAAGGCUCGCGCCAAGACGCCUCCGCCUGUUGCAGGUUCAUCUCAAGUUGACAAGGGAAAGGCUCGGGCGAGGACUCCUCCUACUACUCGUAGUUCCGCCAAGCGUACUGCCGUUAAGCCACCGGUGGUCAAGCAGAAGGAAACUUCUGUUCAACCCAAGUGUCGCGGUCACCCUCGUAAGAAGUCUCCCGUUAUCUUCCAAGAGCCCAUCGUGUUCGACAAGAAGCGAUUUAAACGUGCCACCGCUAGAUUUGGGCUUAAAGAGCUCCCCGCAGUUCUUAAGGGUACACAAAUCCACAUGCCCGAACCUUGCCUUCAGUGCUCCGCACGCAUUCGCCAUCGUCGCGACGCCAAUCUUCGAGAGUUCGCAAACGCCAUCGCGGACCUGUGUCUCACCGCCGAGCCUGGAACUCUUCUAGGCACUGUUUUCGAGACUCGCAAGGAGUUCGGCUCGUGGUACAGCUUCGUUCAAGACUUUGUAGAUACUCAGGGGGUCCCAGUGCCUGCGGGUUCAACGACGGCCGAUUUGGAGAGACUCGUCUCGCUUUUUCAGCAAGACGAUUCUCCUCCCAUUGCUGGGCCUUCAUCUCUGACACCUUGUCAACGCCGCGUCUGCUCGCUGUCCCUUAUUCCUUCUAUCGCCGCUGCUUCGCCUGGUCUUCCACCUUCCGCCCAUUCUCAGGAGGAGGAGGAGGAGGUUAUCGACGAGCUUGUUGACGAGGAAAUCUUGACUUUGUCUUUCUUGAACUUUGAGAUUUGUUCCUAA